AUGCAGCAUCUGGUUGAUGAAGAAUAUCGUAAUAGCAAAGAUACUACCAAAAAUGUUUCAAAAUGGUUGAAUGAGGCAAAUGCCAUUAUUACUGAGAAUGAUAAGUUUUGGCAAGAUGAACACCUCCCGUAUAUCGUGUGUUAUCUGCCUAAACCUUGGAUAAGGUAUUGUUUAGCCAAAAAAGUUUAUAGAUUGUCAAAGAAAGUCAACAAUCUUUGCAAAACUUCAUUCCCUGAUGGAGUUUCUUCUGGUCUACGGCUAAUGUCAAUAGAUUUCCUUUCACAUGUCAUUAAUUUUGAAAGUUUUAACUCAAGAAAACAAGUUACAAAGGAUAUUUCCAAGGUACUGAAAGAUCCGAUUAUUAAACUUGUUGGGGUGUAUGGAACGGGAGGUGUGGCCAAAACCACUUUAGUCAAAAAAGAGGCUAGCGGAGCUCGAAAAGAUAAGUUGUUUGAUGUGGUUAUCUUUGCAACCGUGACAAGAAAUCUAGACAUAAAGGAAAUUCAAGGCCAACUAGCUGAUCAAUUGGGUACAGGAUUAAAUGAAGAAACUGAGAGUGGAAGAGCAAAUCGCUUAAGAGAUAUAUUUAAAAGGGAAAAGGAGAAUACUCUUGUAGCUCUUGAUGAUCUAUGGGCUGAAUUGGACUUGAACAAGUUGGGGAUACCUAUAGAUGAUGUCAAUCUUACUCCAAAUUCUGCUAGACAAGAAGGGACGAUUAUUGACGGGCAAGCAACUAAUAAUUCCAAAAUACUCAAGAUUUUGUUGACUUCAAGAAGUAAAGAGAUGGUGUUUGAUAAAAUGCAUGUGAAAGAAAAUUCAGAUUUUGUCACUGAAGGGUUAAUGGACCAGGAGGCUGAGGAUUUGUUUACGAACAUGCAAUCGUCACAACUGGGAAGACAAUUAAGGACCAAGGGCUACUUGCAGUGGGAAGAGACACUUGGUCAACUUGAACGACAAGAAUUCACUGAGGUGGCUGAAUCUGUAGAUUUCUCUACAAAAUUAAGCUUUGAAUAUCUAGAAACUGCAGAGCUAAAAUCUACUUUCUUGCUCUGUGCUCAACUAGGUUAUCAUUCCCUAAUUAUGGACUUAGUGAAGUACUGUAUUGGUGUGGAUAUAUUUGAAGGAUUUCUUACAGUCAAGAAAACUCGUGAAAAAGUACUUAGAUUGAUUAAAAAGCUUAAAGACUCAAGUAUGCUGUUAGAUAGUUAUUCAGAUGAUCAUUUCCACAUGCAUGAUAUGCUCCGUGAGAGUGCCUUAUCAAUCCUAUAUGAGGAGUGGCAUUUUUUCACCAUGCGAAAUGGGGAACUAAAAGAGUGGCCUCACAAAGAUGAAUUUGAGAAGUAUAAUGGUAUAUCUAUAUGCUACUGUGAUAUCAAUGAUGAGCUUCCAAAUUUUAUAUGUUUACCAAAUGCUAUAGUUCCACCAAGGAACCUGUUCCUCAACAAGUUGGAUUGCUACAAGAUUGUUAUUGGAGAUUUUGAGACAUUUUCAAUGUGGGAUUUCAAUAUGCCAGAUUGCAAGUUCAUGAAGACUAUUGUUCCUAAGGAAGAGCAUGAUGUAAAGAUCAAUAACUUUCAAAAAUUACGCUCACUAGCGUUGAUUCAUUUAUAUAACUUUACUGGAGUUUAUUCCAAUGAUCAAGGUCUAAAUGAUGACAUUAUUCUCUUUACUGAACAAGUUGAGAUUCCUAGCUUAGAGAGCUUCGAGUUGUCUUCAAUGCCCUUGAAGAUGUAA